UUUUGGAACAGAAAAUAAUAAUUAGCCUAAUCAGAAUGUUACUGGAUUGUGGGAGCAGGCAGGUUGCAGUGUAUCUUGCCGUAGUAUAAUGAACUGUUUUAUUCAUUUUUGGAAUAAUGUAAUGUAGAUGGCAUUAUUCAUGAUGACAGGGAAGAAGUGCAUGUUAAAUUUGUGCUGCAUUGAAGGCUUAACUCUUUAAACCACAAUAGAAGCUUGCAUACACAAAUGCUUUGAUACUCUUGUGGGUGUUUAAUGGUUUAUAAUUGUAACUGGUGGGAUACAAGUCAAGUGUUAAUUUUGGUUUGAUAUUGUUGCUAUGGGAACUCCUGAUACUUGAUGUAAUUGAGAACAUCUUUAACAUCCUGGUGUGCCUACAUCCUACAUGGCAUUUUAAGUUGUCUUAGAAGUGCUGGAGAUGCGACAUGGCUUAGGAGGCUGAACUUUUAUCUCUGUAACAGUCCUGCAUAAUAACAUGGUGUUGAUUAUUGACUUAUGCUGUGCUAAGUCCUGGUUUUACACGUUGGACGCAACUGUCUUCUUGGAGAAACAACAUUUUCUUAAGUAUUUUAGCGUGCUGCUAUUUCCAGAAAAAAUGGACUGUCGCUGAAAAUGGUCUAAUAAUCUAUGUACGGAAAGCUGAAACCUAAGGGUUCUUUGGUAAGACUUCACAGGGCAUCAAUGUAGAUUUGUGGUUGGCAUGCUUCUGAACAACAGCCUUUCAUCAUGAAUGAGACCUUUGUGAAAGAAUUUCUAGCCAAAGCCAAAGAAGAUUUUUUACGAAAAUGGGAAAGUCCACCACAGAAUACUGCUUCCUUAGAUGAUUUCGAAAGAAUAAAAACCCUUGGAACAGGCUCAUUUGGAAGAGUUAUGUUGGUAAAACAUAAAGGCGCAGAGCAGUACUACGCAAUGAAGAUUCUGGAUAAACAGAAAGUAGUCAAACUCAAACAAAUAGAGCACACACUGAAUGAAAAGCGAAUAUUACAAGCAGUUAACUUUCCAUUUCUUGUAAAAUUGGAGCAUUCAUUUAAGGAUCAUUCAAAUUUAUAUAUGGUGAUGGAAUAUGUUCCUGGUGGUGAAAUGUUCUCACAUCUUAGAAGAAUUGGAAGAUUCAGUGAACCUCAUGCACGUUUUUAUGCAGCUCAGAUAGUACUAACAUUUGAGUACCUCCAUUCAUUAGACCUUAUCUACAGAGAUUUGAAACCAGAAAACCUUUUAAUCGAUCAGCAAGGGUAUAUUCAGGUAACAGACUUUGGUUUUGCUAAAAGAGUCAAAGGCAGAACAUGGACACUGUGCGGCACACCAGAAUACCUAGCACCAGAAAUUAUUCUUAGCAAGGGCUACAACAAAGCAGUGGAUUGGUGGGCAUUAGGAGUAUUAAUCUAUGAAAUGGCAGCUGGCUAUCCUCCAUUUUUUGCAGAUCAGCCUAUUCAGAUCUAUGAAAAAAUUGUUACAGGAAAGGUACGGUUCCCUUCACAUUUUAGUUCAGAUCUGAAAGACUUACUGAGGAAUUUGCUCCAGGUAGACUUGACUAAACGAUACGGCAACCUUAAGAAUGGUGUAAAUGACAUUAAAAAUCACAAAUGGUUUGCAACUACAGAUUGGAUUGCCAUCUACCAGAGAAAGGUGGAAGCCCCGUUCAUACCAAAGUGCAGAGGACCCGGAGAUACCAGCAACUUUGAUGACUAUGAAGAAGAAGAUAUACGUGUUUCUGUUACAGAAAAAUGUGCACGAGAAUUUGCUGAUUUUUAGUGUACGAAUGCAUUUGAGAGUGAAUGAGACAACUGGAUGACAUCAGGGCUCAUAUACUGGAUCCUUGCACUCAGCUAACAGACGGGGUAGAGCUGUGACCAUCUAAUUUGUUAAACCCCUUACCUAGUUCAUUCCACAAGGCUGACUGAGGUCCUUUUUUGCCGUGUUCCAUACGUGCAGUUUGCACCAGUACUCUACACAGGUACAGCUACGCAAGCACUCACUGUGCAUUGACAGACAAUACUAGACCACUCUUAACAUUUUUCCUCUUUUCUUUUGUGUCUUAGUGUUUUGUUUUCCCCUUUUUAAACUACAAGUUUUACAAAAAGCUUAAACUUUUUAUGUUGAUAUGAAGUGACUGUGCAAAUGUUUUGAGAGAUGAUUGAGCUUGUAUGAUUUAAGCCAGAGGGAAAGAUUUGUUGCUUUUAGUGUUUGCCACCCAAUCUGUGUGUGAAUUAGAGGAAUAUUUAAAACACGCCUCUUAAAAUUUCAACUAGAUUCAAAUUAUAAUAUUUUGGCAUCUUAUAAAAUCAGUACUUUUAACUUGUGUGUGUGUGUGUAUAUAUAUAUAUAUAUAUAUAUAUAUAUAUAUAUAUAUAUAUAUAUAUAUAUAUAUAUAUAUAUAUAUUUAUUUAAUGAACGAACAAUGGAAUGCAAAUCUUUUGUGGACCUGACCGAAAUUAUAUCAAAUUGAUUGGAUGGCAGAUGCAAGGUAGAGUGAUACUGUGCCUUGAUUACUUUGUUACUACUUCCACUGCCUCUCUUGGUUUUGAUGUUAGUGUGGACAUCAUCCAUGCCUAAUAUAACAUGGCAGCUGUAGACCAUAAUGCAAUAGUAAGGAAGCAUUCCUGAUUACCUUUGUCUUGUUAGCAUAAUUAGCUGUGUUGCACCAGCAUGUCAGCCUGUAUUUAAAUGGGUAAGUUUCUUUACACUCCUCUGAGCUGAAGCAUCAAGCAAACCAGUGUUUUAAACUGAAAUGCAGCUUAAAAAACACUGUAUGCUGGAGACUGGGACAUCUAAGAUGUUACUAUUCUGCAGAUCUGUCAACUACAGAAUAACGCUAUGGUGGGCAUGUUUUGCAACAUGCUUAAUAAAAAAAGAACAUCUUACAGAAGCAUGAAGUACAUAGUGAGAGGAGCAUUGUUACAUUUGUCUACAAAUCAGGAAUAACUGAAGGUUGCGGCCAGUUUUACACUGAUGCAUAUUGUUUGUAAACCUGAAGAUGGGGCACAUGCAUUGCAAAAAAUCACUUUUAUUUAUUAUCAGGGCUUCAUUCAUACUUAAGAAAGCAAGUGGAAAAUGAGAAGCAAAUGCUGCCAUAUUUCUGUUGUAUAAGUCAUUUUCCAUGUCUUUGUUUUCUUUCCGAGACAAGAUAUUGUGUCAUUCAUAUAUAGUUUUCUGGGCUUAGUUAUGUUAUGUAGAGUCUCACCAACUGACUUACAACUUUGAAACAGUAGUGUUGCCAUGUGCUAGCUUCAGCACUUUUUUUACACAUUUAUUUCAGUAUUUGUUAAAAGUUAAGUGGCUCGGCACAGUUUUGCAUUUUAAUUUAUCCAUGCUAGUUUUUUGUACUUAAUAUCCGAACAACCUGUCUUAAAACAAGUUUGAAUGGUUUAGAAUGAAGAACGCUCAUUUUUUAUGAACCGUGUUGUAUGUGUAAGUGUAUGUAUGAGUACAUAUAAAUAUAUAAUAUAUGCACAUGCAUACACACACACAUAUACAAAUAGGCAUAGAUGAAGAACUGAGUUUUUAUUAAACUGCUCUAUAUUGAUAUAUAGCCAUUGUAUUUGUCAAAUGUCUGUGCAGAUACAGCACUGACAAGACUUCCUUUUAGUAUGUAUGACACUCCUUGAAGAAACAGCCUUUGUAGACAUUUUACAGAUCAGUAUGAAAUAUUAUUUCCAGCAUAUUCUGUAUGUCCUUAGGCAACUGAGCAAUUUUUGCACAACAAUGUCCUUAGAAGGCUGACACUUCAGCCUUUGUCCACACUUAAUAGUACUUGUAUGUGCAAAGGAAGUAUAAUAUAACUUUGCUGUAGCAGAUUUUAUGUAAUAAAAAGAUAUAUAUGUCACAUUAAUAAAUUUAAAAUAAAUUACUUUGUAUGAAAAUGUUAAAAAUCUUUUGUAUUUCAUUUAGACCAAGGACAUUCUGUUCUAUGCUAGCUGUAUGCGAUAAAUUCUAUAGUAACUUUGUUGUUGUUUAUGGAUUUAAAAGAUUUUAAUAAAUGCUGGAGAUCACA